AUGUCAGUCGACAAAGAGAAACAAUCAGACAUCAAGGUCCACACUUGCCCCAUUGAGGCUACCCAACCAGCGGCCAAUGCUCAGCAAGAUGUAGCCGGAGUCUUCAUAUCCAGCAUCGUCGCUCGCGACGACGCUGAUGAGCUUCUCGCUCCUCCAAGCCUAAAGGAGACGAAGGCUCUUCUUCGCAAGGCGGACCUCAUCAUUGUCACCUUGCUUCAGUUUGCACUCAGUUGGUCCCUCCAUUGUAUACAAAACGCUGACCAUACAGUGAUGGGCUCCGUCGACAAGGUUGCUAUCGGUUCAGCCGCAGUUCUGGGUAUGCGCAAGGAUGCCAAGCUGGUCGGUCAGGAGUAUGCUUGGACCUCGGCAAUCAUAUACUUUGGCGCUAUUGUGGCAAUUAUUCCCUCCCUUGUACUCAUGCAGCGUCUUCCGACCAACCUGUACAUCUCAACAAUGGUCCUCGCCUGGGGUGUGAUCACUUGCUGCCUUGUGCCAAGUCGCAACUUUGCAGACCUCAUGGGUGUUCGCCUGCUUCUCGGUCUCUUUGAGUCUGUUAUCUUUGCUGGGUUUGGACUUAUCAUCUCCAUGUGGUACACCCGAGAUGAGCAGCCUUUCCGUACCGCCAUUGUGUUCUCCACCCUGUCUUCGGUCAUGAACGGCCUCCUCGCCACAGCCUGUGUGCAGUACAAGGGGACUGCCCUCGCCCAGUGGCAGCUCCUCUUCCUCUUGGUCGGUCUCAUCACCAGUGCUUGGUCUCUUCUGAUGUUUUGGCUGCUUCCCGCAAACCCGACUACGGCAUGGUGGCUCACUAUGAGGCAACGUGUGAUUGCUACUCGUCGCAUGACUGAGAGCCGCACCGGCAUGGAGAACAAGACAUUCAAGGUCCACCAAGCAGUUGAAGCUCUGGUCGACCCAAAGACGUGGUUCUACUUUCUCAUCAACAUCGCGCUGAACAUUCCCAACGGCGGCAUGAUUACUUUCAACAGCAUUAUUGUGCAGUCCCUUGGUUUCAGUUUGACGAAGACCACCCUUCUCGGUAUCCCGACAGGUAUCAUUUCGUGGAUCUCCUCACUCGUUUUUGGGUACUGUGCUGUCAAAACGGGUCAGCGCUGCUACUCAGCUGUGGCAUCCUGCUUGAUCCCCUUCAUCGGCACUAUUCUGCUCUACAAGAUCCCGCGAACCAACACUGGUGGAUCCUUGGCUUCUCUGUAUUUGGUCUACUUCUACUGGGGCCCUUAUAUUAUUAUGAUGGGCGCCGUGUACGCCAACACUGCCGGCCACACCAAGAAGAUGAUCGUUUAUGCAAUCGGUGAGCAGCGGUCGCGGACCCAGCUGACGACAGCCUACAUUGGUUACUGCGUUGGUAACAUUGUAGGCCCACAGACAUUCAAGGCAAAACAGGCUCCACAAUACACUGGUGGUAUCAUCGCAAUGCUCUCCUGUUACGGUUGUGCCAUCGUCUUGAUUUUCAUCUACCGCAUGUACCUUGUCCACCUCAACCGUGACAAAGAAGGACAAAAGCCCGAACCACAGGACCUAGGCCCUCAGGACGCGUCGGCAGAAAUUGACCAAUGGCAGGAUCUUACAGAUUUGAAGAACCCUCGCUUUAUAUACAAGUUGUAA